AUGUCGUCCACCACCUACAUCCCUCGUAUACACCGAGCUCUCGUGGCCCCAGGCCCUGGCUCUAUCGCCCUCAAACCCAUCCCGGUACCGCCGAUUGCAGAUGACCAGGUACUUGUCCGCGUGGCCGCAGUCGCUCUGAAUCCAUCUGACUACAAGCUACUCGACCAAUCUACCACUCUUGGUGCUGUCAGCGGUAGCGACUUUGCCGGCACCGUUGUUCGGGUCAGCAGCAGUGUCAGCCAUCGCGUGAAGGUCGGCGAUCGGAUUUGCGGGUUUGUCUUCGGAGCCAAUCCAGGAUGCCCCGAAAAUGGGGCCUGGGGCCAGUAUGAAGCGGCCACGCUUGAUCUAUGCAUGCCGAUUCCACCGGAGAUGGACUUUGCCACAGCCGCAUCUCUGGCUAUGGGAACCGCCACAGCAGGACUCGCGUUCCGGUCGCUGGGGCUGAAAUGGGAUGGGCUCGCAGUGGACUCGGCCGCCCAGAAGAGUGCAUCCGAUUCGAGCGCGAACGAGGACACGGGCAAGUUCGUGCUAGUUUACGGAGGUGCCACAGCCACUGGUACUCUCUUGCUGCAGUUCCUGCGAAUGGCCGGGUAUGCUCCACUAACGACCUGUUCAGCUGCCAAUUUUGACAUGGUCAUCGGCCGUGGAGCACUGCAUGCCUUCGAUUAUAAUGCUCCCACGUGCGUGGAUGACAUCCGCACGUAUACCGGGGAGCGGCUCGCCUACGUGCUGGAUUGUAUUGGUUCGAUCGAUACUAUGACUCUGUGCUGUAGUGCAAUCGGCGAUCAGGGGGGUCGGUAUUCGGCGUUGGAGCUAUACCCCCGCUUAUUAACGAUUCGGCGUCGGGACGUCGUCCAUGAUUGGAUUCUGGGGUGGACGUUGUUUGGGGCUGAGGUGCAGUUGGCUGGGGCCUAUCACCGACCCCCCAUGCCCGAGGAUUGGGCGUUUGGGAAACAGUGGGCAGAAAUGGUUAGCCAGCUAAUUGCGGAUGGCCGACUGCAGGCACAUCCUCUGGAAAUUGUCUCGGGGCACUUGUCGAUGGUAAUCCCAAGCCUUGACCGGCUGCGUGAGGGGGAAAAUGAGAGGAAGAAAGUGGUGGUCCAAGUGCAAGCUUGA